UGACAAAAAAGUGGGGUCGGGAAACGUUUGGUCUUUCAGUGGCAGAGCGGUUUCACGGUUUCGCGUUCCGUGUGGUUAGUCAACGAGAGCCAAUGAAGAUCACGGCGACCACCAAAAGGCCCAUUUAUCUUCUCGGCUUCAUUAUCCAUAUUUUAGCCCACUUGUAGGCCCAUUAAAGGCCCAUUUAUCUUCCACGCUUCUUUGCCCAGGACUUGAGCGCACGGCAAUGGCGUGAUGAUGAAUGAUGAGUUUGAUAUGGGCAUUCUCUGGACUCGAUCAUGCAUAUGAAAGGUGCAGACUUGAUGGGUGAACAUGAAUGAAAAUAAACGGGUGGUUACAAAGCAAUGCCUCUCAGCCUUUCCCUCUCCCGCAAAAAUCUCUGCUUCCCUAAAAGAAAGGAUCGAUCUUUUUCUGUAUUUCUUUUUUUGGGCGGAUUAUUCUGAAAUAUGAUUUGAAGAAGAUGAUUCAGAUUUACCGUGGAAGGUCUAAAGAUGCCUCGUUGCUAACAUUCACGACAAGAACAAGAAUCUCCAGAGUUUGAGGAGCUGCUUUUUCUGCGAGAUAUCAAUGUCGUCCCUUUCGGCCCGAACCGGACGAGACAGGCAACGUUACGACAACAAUUUUCGCCUUGUUUCUGGAUGCAUUCCCUACAGGCUGGUAAAGGAUGAUGAGGAUCUGAAUGUUGACUUUGAGAGCAAGAUCGAAGUUCUUAUGGUUUCAUCUCCUAAUCGUCAUGAUCUUGUCUUUCCAAAGGGGGGAUGGGAGGAUGAUGAGACUGUUCUGGAGGCCGCGACCCGUGAAGCCAUGGAAGAAGCCGGAGUGAAAGGAAUACUGAGAGAAGUUCCAUUGGGAGUUUGGGAGUUUAGAAGCAAAAGCAGUUCAGCUGAUGCUGAAUGCUGCAAAGAAGGAGGAUGCAAAGGUUACAUGUUUGCAUUGGAGGUAACAGAAGAACUCGAGGCGUGGCCAGAGAGAGAAAAUAGAAAGAGGAUAUGGCUGAGCACUGAAGAAGCAUUGGAGCUAUGCCGGUAUGAGUGGAUGAGGAGAGCUCUUAAAGAGUUUCUGAGAGUAAUGACAGAACAUGAACAUGGAAGAUUGGGAACCAAGGAAGAGGUUGUGUCAGAUUUAGGGGAGUGUUAUGAUCCUCGUUAUUGCUUUGUAGUUAGUUAGAAUUCAUUCUCCAAGACACAUCACACUUAAAGUGAUGGUAUGUUUCUGGAUCUUUGAAUAGCAUGUCUUGUAACUCUCUCUGGCAAUUUUUCAUGGCUUGUAAACUAUACAAGAAGCAAAUCGUUUUCAGACAAAUGGAUCAAAUUCAUCUCUCUUGAUUUCUUU